GCAAAUUAAAUUGUGGGGGUAGCAAAGAGAACAGAUAAAAGACAGUAAAACAAAGCCUUUCACUUUCCUCAAAUUAGCAGUCAAAUGUAGUAUAAAAAAAAGCAGUUCUACUCAGAUCUGUGCUAAGAGCUUUCAUUUCAUCAUAAUAUAAAACAGCAGAUCCAUCACCUUUCUCUAUUCAGUACACUUGAUUUCGAGGUUGAAGUGAAAAUUAGAAGCUGUUCGUUCUGGCUCACAGGCUGGGUUGCAUUUGCUUAGUCUUAUUCGAUGACAGUAGGAUGGAAAGAGGUCAGUAACACUGGAAUCUGAUUGAUCAUCCAUACCGGGGUAUUGUACACAAACAUAAAGUUCCUUCAAAAUGGACUACUUUUUGGAUGUCGAGUCUGCUCAGAGACUGUUUUACAGUCAAGGAGCUCAAGCUCGUCGGGCAACUCUUCUCACCGUGCCCACGCUGAUGACAGCAUCUUCUGAAGAUGACAUAGACCGGAGACCCAUCAGAAGACUCCGGUCUAAAAGUGACACCCCUUACCUGGAAGAAGCUAGGAUCUGUUUCAACCUUGAUAAUGCUCGCCGGGCCACGCUGCUCACCGUGCCCACAUUAAUGGCGGCAUCUUCCGAGGAGGACAUCGACCGCAGACCCAUCCGCCGCGUCCGCUCCAAGAGCGACACCCCCUACCUCGCCGAGGCCCGCAUCUCCUUCAACCUAGACGCAGCUGAGGAAGUGGAAAGACUGGCUGCGAUGCGUUCAGAUUCUCUAGUACCUGGGACUCACACGCCGCCGAUCAGGAGACGAAGCAAAUUUGCCACUCUUGGAAGGCUUUUUAAGCCAUGGAAAUGGAGGAAGAAGAAGAGUGAAAAAUUUAAGCACACUUCUGCAGCUUUGGAAAGAAAAAUAUCAAUGAGGCAAAGCAGGGAGGAGCUUAUAAAACGAGGAGUGCUGAAAGAAAUUUUUGAUAAAGAUGGGGAACUUUCCAUACCAAAUGAAGAAGGAGCUUUGGAGAAUGGGCAGCCUCUGGGCUCUGGGCAAGUGCUGAGCUCCAGCCAGGUAUCCCUGCCAGCCCUAGCAGAACUGGAGUCAGUUCCAGCAUCUGUGGAACCCUGCUCAUACGAGGUGCUCCCAACCACAGAGAUCAUGGAUGGGACAGUGUCUGAAGAGAGCCCCACAUCCAAUGAAUCCGGCAUCCUCCUCUCCCAAGAUCCUACUACAGCUAAGCCAGUCCUGCUACUUCCCCCCAAAAAAUCUGCAGCUUUCCCUGGAGACCAUGAGGACACCCCAGUGAAACAGUUGUCCCUCCUCAAACAGCCCCCUGCCCUGCCACCUAAACCUAUUGCCAGGAUUGCCAGCCACUUAACUGAUCCUGGCGCUCCUGUGAAACUGCCUUGUAUGCCAGUUAAACUGUCGCCUCCACUACCUCCAAAGAAAGUCAUGAUUUGCAUGCCUUUAGGGGGGCCAGACCUCUCUCUCUCAUCCUAUUCCACGCAGAAGAGCUCCCAGCAGCCUUUGACCCAGCACCAUCACACUGUCCUGCCAUCCCAGUUGGCAGCUCACCAGCUCCAGUACAGCGGCCACAGCCAGCACCUGCCUUCUGGCUCCAGCACGUUGCCCAUUCACCCCUCAGGGUGCCGGAUGAUAGAGGAACUGAACAAAACGCUAGCCAUGACCAUGCAGAGGCUAGAAAGCUCUGGUUUACACACAGGUGACAAUGUUACAAAAACAGGACCUGUGGGCCUUCCAGACAUGAGACAAGUGCCAACUGUUGUGAUCGAAUGCGAUGACAAUAAAGAAAAUGUGCCUCAUGAAACCGACUAUGAAGAUUCUUCCUGCCUCUACCCAAGACAGGAAGAGGAGGAAGAGGAAGAUGAAGAUGAGGAUAACUCAUUAUUUACAAGCUCCCUGGCCAUGAAAGUCUGCAGGAAGGACUCUUUAGCAAUCAAACUGAGCAACAGGCCCUCCAAGCGAGAGCUGGAGGAAAAGAACAUCCUCCCCAUGCAGACUGAUGAAGAAAGGCUCGAACUCAGGCAGCAGAUUGGGACAAAGUUAACAAGACGACUGAGCCAGAGGCCGACUGCUGAAGAAUUGGAGCAGAGGAACAUCCUGAAACCCCGGAAUGAGCAAGAGGAGCAGGAAGAAAAACGAGAGAUAAAGAGAAGAUUAACACGUAAGCUGAGUCAAAGGCCCACGGUAGAAGAGCUACGUGAGAGGAAAAUUCUCAUCCGCUUCAGUGACUACGUGGAAGUGGCAGACGCGCAGGACUACGACAGGAGGGCAGACAAACCCUGGACACGACUCACAGCCGCUGACAAAGCAGCCAUUCGAAAAGAGCUUAAUGAAUUUAAAAGCACUGAAAUGGAAGUUCAUGAAUUAAGUAGGCAUCUAACAAGGUUUCAUAGACCGUAGCAGUUCAAUUCUACCUGACUACUAUGCCGUCUUCAAAACAUAACUAAAAGGAACCAUAAGUGCUGGUAUUAUUCACUUCCCUGUUACGUACAAUGUAAAUCUUCUGAACUGCCUUUUUUUUAAGAAAAAAAAAUAGUAGAAAAAUAAAUAUUAAAAAAAAAAAAAAGGAAAAUUGUAUUUACAUGUGAUGGGUAUUGCAGCAUCAUCAGACCUGCUGGUUCAAGCUUCUAUAACAGAAAAUACCCCUGGUGGGAAUUGUGCCAAGACUUGGCAUCCAUCUGUAAGACUUUCCUGGCAUGUGGACUUGCCAUACACGUUCAAGCUCAGCUGGCGGUGCAUCCAUCCCACCUUCAGGCACCCCUCAUCCUGACACGGCUCCGUCAGCAACUCCAGAGAGCCCAGAGAUGGUGUUCAGGGAAUCACAGGCCUGGGUGAAGUCCCCAAAAGACCAGCACCUAUGGCACUAAAGCACUUAUACCAAACACUCCCUACAGGCUCCGAGCACCUUAUGAGGACAGAGAAGGAGCAAAACUCUGCGCCCAGCUCAUCUGUGACCGUGCAUGACUAGAAAGGUAUUUGUUUGUCUGGAGAAGUUCACGGCCAGUCAAUAGGCACCAUUCGGCUCCCACACAGAAAAAGGCAUCGCCUGUGAAGAACAGGACUCCCCACUGAAGGCUGGGUCAGUUCUAGCAACUGUCUAUUUUUCAUCUCUUUCAAGUAUAAUUUUCUAAACCGAGUUGUGAACCCAUCAGCCGUAAGCAACAAGGACGUCGAGGACAAGCAAGCAAAACCCAUCUCUUCAUGGUCACUGCAUGGCAUUCACUCAGCUUCUAGUAUGUUUUCACACCCAAGCCUUGUGAUUGUGUGAGAGCUGACGCACGCCCCGCAGCAGGAAAGGCCGGGAUUCCCAUCCAGGGAAUGUGUGCAGAGGAACACAUGACAGGAGGAACUGGGGGUAUGGUGAGGAGUAUCUGUCCUCUCUGUAUCAGGUGUUUCAAGAACUGAUCCUAAAGGUGUACUGAGAAAAACAUGACAGAUCACGUUACCUGGCCUGACAAAAGGAGCCUGGUGCACUGGUAUGGAUGGAUGGUGGGACUUGUCAGUGGUACCCACAGCUGAGGCAUAAGGACAGCAACUCCGAGGUGUUCUGAUUUGGUUUUAAUUCAUUUUUAUUAUAGUGGUUUAACAUACAGACUAGUAGAGCUCAGAGAAGCUGGUCACUCUGGGCCUGAUUUACCUGCCAACCUACGCGUGUGCUUAACACUAUGUGAGCACACAAACAGCCUCACUGCAUUCAUGAACAUGUCUGACAAGCUUAAUUGAAGGUGGACACAUGUAAGUGCUUUUCUGACCUUUGGCCAGCACCUCUCAGAAUCAAGUCCUUAACUAGUAUAAUGCCAGCAAGCUGGGGCAAACAUUGUUUGGGAUUCUUUUCCAGCCCUAACAAGAAACGAUUAUGCCAUGUUUUGGGCCACUGGCCCAAAGCACUGUAGCAACAUUACUGUAAGAAGCUCCAGAUUAUUACUUCAGGACAAUGGCUAUUUUGCUUUGACAGUUUGAACAGAGAGGCCAAAGUUUUUUACUACAGUGCUAUUAUUUCUAUUAUUUUAUAUAUAUUUUUUUUUUCCUUUCUUGCUGUCUUCCAUGCAUCUAUCCACUCUCCUGUGCCCUCUCUCUACUCACCAGUGUCAACAUUGCCCUUUACUGAUUGAAGGCCAAGAAGCCUCACAUGAGCAUUUAAUGGCCAAUGCUGCGUAAUGCCAACACUCCUGCCUCUUCUCAGGCCUCUGUUUCAUUCUUCUGGUCACAGGAGUAAAGCAAAUGGACAUGCACGUAGCCCAUGGAGUUGCUCUAGCAUCCAGCCCCCAUAAAUGACACUGGUAGUCAGGCUAUCACAAUCCAUUUAGCUUAGUGAUGGGACUCAGCACCUCACAGGUUUGCUCUCAAUCAGAGACAAGUGAAAGCAUUUCAUACUCAUCUGUGGCCAUCCUUGGCAUGCUAUGGAUAAUUAGCUGUUGAGUAAGAAUUGAAGAUGCUACCAGCUGGUUUCUGGUGCAUGGCUUUUUGGGGCAGCACGCCUCUGCUGUGAUGCACUGCCCAGACUGGGUAAUGAUUUCUGAAGAAACACACACAGUGAUCCCUGUGUCUCCCGCUCGCAGUUGCUUUAGAUACAAGUUUAUCAGUAGUCAAAGCCUGUAACGUGCAAUGUUAUCAGUUCAAUGCAGCAAAGACAGAGCACCAGGAAUACACUGCUUUGGGGUUAUUUUCAUGAAAAGCUGGGGUACUUGUUUCUAAAUGCAUUCACAUACAUGUGCAUGCAUAACAAGACUGCAUCACAACUUUAAAAAGGGAAAAAGAAAAGAAAACCAAACCUUUUGAAUACACACACAUUGCAUUAGGAAGGACCUCUGCAACGUAGCUGUUCGGCAGAGCAACAGGCCCUCAUGUUCCCAGUAUGGAUCCCAUACCUGCCCUGGCAGUGUAGCUUAGAAGAGAGGGUCAGUGUGAAAGGAAAGGAGACCAUCCAAGGAGCAGCGGUGAUGAAAACCAAAGGACUCAGUAAGCUGGUAGGAAGAAAAAUGAGAUUUGGGGUUUUUUUUCCAUUUUAUUAAAAUGAAGAGGAAAGAGGUGGAAGUAGCAGACUGCUGUUGUCAGUGCGUUGUUGGUGCUAGAGCCCCCAGGACAACGGGUGGGUGCUGCCACUGUCCCUGGGGGGCAUGGCCCCUUGCAGCACCCACCCCUGCCUGUCUGGGGGCCUAAAUCAACCCUUGGGCACUGUUUUUGCCAUGUAUCAGCCAAAUCCUGGGUGACGCCCAGAUGUUCCCCAGCACCCUGCCAGAUGGGCCCCAGGCAGGUCCCUCCUGCCCACUUAGCAAAUUGUCACAUUCUGCCUGCCUCAGGAUUCAUCCUGUCCCCAGGGCAGCUACGUGCAGUUUGGCUUUUUUUCAAUGUUAACUCCUGGCUGAGCAGACAACAGGACACAGUGGAAGAACUGCCAUAUUUCUCCCGAAUCGCAAGCAGAGCUUACUACUGAAAAAGGGGGAGAGGAGAAAGAAGCCAUAUAAAGUGUUUGGCACUGUAGUAAGCAUCACAGAACGGGCACUUCAUCUGGUUUUAGCUUCAGUGGGUCUGGGUAUUUUGCAAAGUUACCCUUUGGCAAGGUGUUCUUCAACAGUCUUUCAGUACUCAGUUUGCACACCCACCUCUGGCAUCCAUGGGAAGUUGCAGCAGACUGGGAAACAGCUAGUCUUUCUUUUUUUAAAAAUAUGUAUUCUUGAACACUUGUCUUCUCAUGUGUGAAAGCCAUCUCUACCACGGUAAAGUGGUUGUGAUUCUGUUGGGGUGGGGAUUACAUGCAAGAUGCAAAGAUAGUAACAUUUCUGCUAAGACUAGGUUAGCACUGCAGUUAACACCAGCCAUCCUCAUUCAUAUUAGGAGGAGAUUAAUAGUAGUAAUAAAGAAAUUACAUCAGGUUUAGAGAUUGGAAAAAUCAACACAGAAUGAAAAAAUGACUGUUCCAAUCAUCCAUCUCCAGGGCUGAUAAUGGAGAUAAUAUUCUAGAGUCAAGGAAUAAAAACAUUUUGGUUAUAAUCUGCUGAAUCCUGAUGGGAUAUUCAUACCUUCAAAUGUGCAAGUAAUGUGACAUCUGUUCUACAGCCUCUGGAAAGAUGAGGUGGAAAACGUGGCGGUUGGGGAGGUGUCAGGAAUUGGAAAAAGCAAUUCCAAAAUGUCUAGACAAAAGUUUUUGAUGAGGAGGAGACAUCGCGCUCUCACCCAUGCCCUCGCCAGCAACAGGCUACAGGGACCUGGCAAUGUAUUUGUGACUGACAGGGCAGGCCAGAUUUUGUGUCUAGACAACGCCUAGAGCGCCCUUAUUAGAAGAGAAGGAGGGGCAGGGGGAAGAAUAUAAUAGACUUUCGACUCUUUUAUGUUAACUGAAUAUAUUUAGUGAGCCCAUAACACAUAUAUUUCAGCCUAAUGCUUCUAUGUAACCACAGGACUUUGUCAUCACUGCAACUAGUCACCAAACUCACCCUUCGAUAUUUCUACAGUGCCGUCUGUACCGUGGAAACACUAUAAACCUAUGGGGGGAGCACGUCCAACACGGCUAGCGAAAGACUGCGCUCACAAAAAUAGGUGGGCAAGAUGGAAACCCACAGUUACAUGUGAACAGGGGCUCCCUAAUGUGCCUGCAAAUAAAAACCACUUUGUAUAACUAGCCAUGGGAGAUGACUAGGCUAAUAAGAAAAUCAGGAAAGAAGAAGGGGGACAGAUAAUUUUUCCCAGGUGUUCAGUCUGCUCGAGCUUGGAACAACUUCUGUAAACAAAGAGGAGGUGACGGGCACAUUACCUGCUUUCCCGUGUGUCCCAGUUACUCCUGCACCAGUUGCAUUUUCCAGUUGAUAUCCAAGUGUAUGUAUAUAGUUUGUCUUUGUAUAGGAGUGAGUGUGGUGGCUGUCAAUCAUGUGCUCUUCCAGUAUUGUAAUUUAACAGAUUAUGGCUGUAUGAAAAUUAUGUAAAUAUCUAGAAAAAAAAAAUUAAACUGGAUCUCUAUGUCCUAGCUUUUGUACAUACUGAAACUGCAUGCUAUUUAAAUUAUUGUUUGUCUCUGAUGUAUGCAGUUUCUUAAAAAAAAAAAUCAUUUAAAAAAAAAAAUAGCAAGCA